UUUCUUUCUUUUUCUGUGAAAUUAGGCUGAGUAAGAAAUGCCUCAUAAUAAAGUGAUGCAAUCGCUGGACUCCUUCAGUAUGGCUAUGAAUACAGUCCAGCCCAUAUGCUUAGGCUAUCGGUUUGAUUGCGUAGCUGAAGAAUUCGCGUUGGUUUCAGGUUCCUGUGUGGUACAAAUUAAGUAUUUCACCGUGCACCAGCAAAGAUGGCGUUCCCCCGACUCUGAGUGUCAGGAAUAAUGGCGACUGAUAAAUGGGCAACACUUAAAGCCACUCUUGGUUCCGUUCAAGUGCUGCACCGCUCUGCGAUUAAGGUCUCCUUUGUCUUUGCACACAUCCGUAUUCUGUGCCCCCCGCCCCAGGGUACUUCAUCAGUUUGGACAGAAACUAAUCACAGCUAAUCCUCCCACAUGCAUAACUAAACGUCCCAAUUAGAGGACUCGCAAUGACUUCUGCUAAAUUCAGCAAUUGAGCCGAAGCAGCUAAAAUCUCCGGCCCGUGCUUUUCGGUUGCGACCGAUCCGCCCAGUUUUACGUGGCCUGGGGGAGCGAUAUUCCAGGCUGUACACGUGGUGCUUUGAUGACAUUACGCUUAGUGCCCGGCUUUUUCCCUUCUUUCUUUUCUACGGUCAAAAAUAAGCUCAUUUCAACCUCACUUUCCUUCUGCCCUUGCUCUGCGCGGAACACUAAUGGGGAUUUAUGGGCCACAGGACUGCCUCCAAAUGGCUAAUCGACCUCUGUUGGCAGCCAGAGAUUCGUACCCGUGGCCCGAACUGACAGGAGCCGCCCGUUCUCGUGGCAGUCCGAUCCAGUGCCGUUGUUCUUGCUCUCCGUGCUGCAAGACACCGCACCUGGGGAUUCCCUGUCUCCGCCUCCAUCUGCGAUUGGCGGCUCCGCUACAUCAUUUUGAGAAGGCAGCCCAUCUCGAUGGCACCCCGGACGCUCCACAUCCCAGCCCUCUUUCCUCUCCAGGGCUCCCGGCUGGCGUGUGUCACUCCUUUCUCCACUCUCACCUCGACAGACACCGGUUUGAGGCAGAUCCGGCAGAGAAUGAGAUGAGGGAGCAGGCAGGGCUACAGAAUGUGGGUGGGUUGGUGGGAGGGGCUGUGGGUGGGGCCAUGGGCGGGGCCAGGCUCCCAAGCCCUUUCAGUGUACGCUUGCAGAGCGGCUCUGCACACCUCUCACCUGGCAGAGCAUUCUUCACAGCGGAACGGCCCAGGUUUCCAGGCAGCCUCGGGGGGCACGGGUACGGGCGCGAACAAACACCCAGACGGGCUGGGCACAUGAGGGACGGGGAGCUCAGCUGCGUGUGGCUGGAUUGGCUCUCGGGGCUGUCGGAGGUGGGCUGGCCAGGCCUGCUGCAGAAGAACGUGUUGCAGGGGCAGCACGAGAGGGACAAUGUGUGGACCAAGGAGGGAUUCUACGCUGUGGUCAUCUUCCUCACCAUCUUCAUCAUCGUCGUUACUUGUUUGAUGGUCUUGUACAGACUGAAGGAGAAGGUUGAACUCUCAGACCGGCAGUUCAAGGAACCCCCCGGGCGGGACGUCCACCUGUCCCCCAUCCCUGUACACGCCCCACCACCCCAGGCCAAACCCACCACCAGCAUGGUGAGAGUCGAGCCGGUGACCAAGCCCAUCAGCGUCUGCCCUGCUGAACCCCGGAGCACCCCAUGCCCGCCAGCCCCUGAGGCGAAGCCCGCCCUCUCUGCCAGCCCCUCCCCCUUCAGGAUGAAGCCUACCGCUGGCCUCCAAGAGAGGCGAGGCUCCAACGUCUCCCUGGUCCUGGACAUGAGUGCCCUAGGUUCUGUGGAACCUUUGAGCAGCGGGGUGGCCCCAGGUCGUGAGAGCGCGGCAACGGAGUACCUGCAGUCUGCCGGGCGCCCCCUCACCCGCCAGCAGCUCCAUGACAUUGUGCUGCACACUCAGAGCCUUCACGCCGAGUUUGCGGAAAUCCCAAUGAAUUUUGUGGAUCCAAAAGAACUGGAUAUUCCAACUCAUGGAACCAAAAACAGAUACAGAAGCAUUUUGCCAAAUCCUCAUUCCAGAGUGAUCUUAAAGACCAAGAACACGUAUGAUCCCCUCAGCAGUUAUAUCAAUGCCAACUACGUCAGAGGUUACCUGGGCGAUGAGAAGACCUACAUCGCCACGCAGGGUCCCAUGAUCAACACGGUCAAUGACUUCUGGCAGAUGGCCUGGCAGGAGGACUGUCCUGUUAUCGUCAUGAUCACCAAACUGAAGGAAAAGAACGAGAAAUGCGUCCUCUACUGGCCAGAGAAGCGCGGCAUCUAUGGCAAGGUGGAGGUCCUGGUGGACAGCGUCAGGGAGUGUGACCACUAUACCGUCCGGCACCUCAUGUUGCAGCAAGGUGGCCAAAGUCGCAGUGUGAAGCACUACUGGUACACGUCGUGGCCGGACCACAAGACCCCCGACAGUGCCCAGCCAUUGCUGCAGCUCAUGGCAGAGGUGGAGCAGGACAGGCAGUCCCCAGGUGGCAGAGGGCCCAUCAUUGUCCACUGCAGCGCUGGGAUCGGUCGAACCGGGUGCUUCAUUGCCACGACAAUAGGAUGUCGCCAGCUGCAGGAGGAGGGAGUCGUGGAUGUGCUGGCCAUCGUGUGUCAGCUUAGAGCAGACAGGGGGGGCAUGAUCCAGACUGGUGAGCAGUACGAGUUUGUCCACCAUGCCCUGCGUCUCUUCGAGAGUCGUCUCUCUGUUGAUGUGGGCCAGUGAACACGGGCCAGAGCGUUCUGUUCAGACACCAGGUUUACUGCUAAAAGAACCAACAGGUAAUCUUGUUGUAUGGUGUGUGUCCUCACGCUUUAAGGGGACAGAGUCAAACGGGAUGAAGUUGCAAGGCACACACACACUGAGGGGAACUGGAUCACCUUUGGGGUGGGGGGUCAAAGAGGAAGAGAGGGACUGACAGAGAGCAUCUGUUAAUGAAUGUAAUGUACCAUUUAAUCUCUCCUACGCUUUUACACGGCUUACUUCAACGAUGUAAGCACUCUGCCUUGAAGUCGUUUUGCUGGCAUAAUUCUGACAGGUGUACCCAUAGUUCUGUAGAAUGAUUCAUUGAUGUUCGUGGUUUUACUCUUAUUUUGUAAUUCAAACUUAACUGCCAUUUUGAAAUAUUCCGUUUGAAAUACAUCAAUAUGUCCAGGAGACUGUUAACUGCAAUACCCUGUAACCAUUUGCCUGGCAGGUAGUCCGGCAUAACCAAUGACAACCAUAAAUCCACAGAGUAGAAGUAUUUGAUAUUUAUGGUAAGUUAUUUAGACCUUAAUGUAAACAAGGGUGGUACUCCAUACACUAAUGAUUUAACUACAGCAUCUGAGUAAAAGUACGUUGGUCAGGUAACAGGGCUGCCCUAUUUUUGUCAUCUUUACGAUAUAUAUGUACAUAAAUAUGCCAGAGUGUUACACACUUUGUACCCUGGGUGAAAAGUUCUGUUGCUGUAUAUGCCAAGCUUGCUGUGACAGUUUGAUUCUGGUGGUGUCUUAAUGUGGCAUUCCCCCAUAGGAUUCAUGUAAGGAUUUUGGUAUUGUAAAUCUUUCUGUUGCCCUCUAAUUGGAGGUCAAAUAACAGUUUUUUUUUUUACUUUAAAUUUCAUGUACAAUUCACCAAACAUAUUUCCUAAGCAUUUAAUAAAAAAACUAGGAGCCAGUUUUGCACAUACUGAAUAUUUUGCUUUAAUUUCAUUCGUGAAAUUGAAAUUCAUGAAACAAUAUAGUCUCGACUCAAAUGAAACAUUUAGUGGUGUAUUAAACAUAUUACUGCUGACAUGGUUUUAUUGUGCAGAUGAAAUUAGGUACCUUUUUUAAAGACAGUGCUGCCCUCAUUAUGAUUCAGUGCUGUGUCAGAUAAUCUGGCUUUUAACUACUAGUGAAUGAUUCUACUUUUUUUUUUUUUUUUUUUGCCCUAAACGAUUAUUAUUGUUAUUGCAUCAGUUACCCUUUCUUAAGCUAGUUUUCUGUGUGGCUGCGUUUAAAAAGUCAAUUUGCUGAUAAUGCUCUUGCACAGCAUCUAAAGAAAGUUCUGAAAAUAAAUGGCUUGUAUACUUGCUCAUCCUUUUAUAUUGACUCUGUAAUGUAGAUCACUAGUCUUUUCCCCAAACUUUUGACCUUGGCCAUGUCAUCAUCACGGCCUUGGCAUCAUCAGAACAAAAAGGAAACUCUCCAGUAUUUCUUUGGUUUGUCAGACCAUAGUACAUCAUACUAAAUAAGUCAAAGGAAAACAUUCUGAAUCAGCAACAGGAACUGCAUGUUAUUAGCAUGUAUAUUUUCAUGAUUGGAUAAAAAUGUUUAACGUUUGCAGGGUAAAAACUAAAGCUAUGUAAAAGCGUGUACAAUGCAUGAUAGGGAAGGGAAAGGAUGAAAAAGGGUGCAUGCAAACAUUUUCAAGGUGCCGCUCUGUCUCCCUCCCUUCUCUCUGUUGCUGGCUGCAAGUGCAGUUGUGUUGUGUUUUUCUGAUCAACCCGAUGUGUAUUUUGUGAAGUGUAUCUGUGCACAAUAUAUGUAACAUUAGUCAUUCCUUUGUGGGUUUUUUGGUACUCUAAGUGUUAUGCAAAGGAUUUUGCAGUGAGAGCAGGAGGCGUAUAUGUAUAUGCUUCUGUUUUAUAUAAUGUACUGUGGAAAAUAUGUAUAUGUAAAAGUGCUAUUAUACAUUAUGUGGAUGGUAUAUCUUUAACCACAUAAAAAAACUUGCUGCUAAUACUGCAAGUGUUUCAUUCCUAGGUGAUAACAGAAAAAAGAUUGUUUGACAAGUAACGUUUUAGGAACUUUUUGUAUGUAUCAAUUUUUUAUUAUUAUUUGUGAUACAGAAGUUUUAAAUAUAUAUUUGUCUAUUUAUAUUAGAUCUAUGUAGCAGGUGCACUGCACAAUGACCAUUAAUUAAUGUUUAUAAUUCCAAAUUUCUGUGCAUAUUGUUUCCUGUUUAUAGCUUUUAUCCACUAUGUGGGCUUUAUGGCUAGAAAAGCCAGACUAUCAGUUCUUUUUCCUAUAAACUAUUAAUCAAAAUGAAUGUUGUGAAAAGUUCAGUCUAAUAUACCACCAAUAACUACUUAUGUAUGUAAUAUACAUGUACAUAUGUAUGCCUCAAAUUUAAACUUAGAUGAAAUCUAAAGUCCAUCACUGAAAGCAUAUUGUGGUAACUGUAGAUAAAGAGUCAAUUGUUGUAGCGCACCCAAAUUUAUCAAUCAUUGAUGGGUGAUGUUGAUGGGUCUUAUCAUAAUGAAAUGACUGGCAUCUACAAAGUCAGAUUCAAGUUCUCCACUUCAGCAAGAUCAUUAUUAAUUAUUAUUUUGACCAUUUGUGUGUAAGGGUGAACUUUUGAAUUUCAUCAGGAACAUUCUGUAUGAAAUAAGCCAUACUACAAAGCUUUUCAAAUAAGUUAUUGCACAUGUCUGAACUCUAACUUGAAUCAGAUGGUUGUCUUGUGGAAAAAUUUGUACUGUAUUCCUGAAACAGUCAAAACAAUGUGAAUCUCCAACAGAUUAGCCCUAUAUUGCUACCUAUGCUGUUCACUUUAUAUUCUGUAUUGCCAA